UAACCAAACGAAUACCCUUACAGAAAAGCAAAAUGGCCGAGGAGAAAAUGGAAGUAGAUGGCACUAAAGCCAACCAUGAAGGCAUAAAGCAGUACUAUGUCAGCAAGAUAGAAGAACUUCAGCUGGAAGUCACAGAAAAGACUCAAAAUCUCCGUCGUCUUGAAGCUCAGAGAAAUGAACUCAAUGCUAAAGUGCGCAUGUUACGCGAAGAGCUGCAGCUCCUGCAAGAACAGGGGUCGUAUGUGGGAGAGGUUGUCAAGGCCAUGGACAAGAAGAAAGUCCUCGUCAAGGUUCACCCAGAGGGUAAAUUUGUUGUAGAUCUGGACAAGAAUAUUGAUAUCAACAGUGUGACGCCCAACUGCCGAGUAGCCCUGCGGAAUGAUAGCUAUGUCUUACACAAGAUUCUUCCAAACAAGGUGGACCCGCUCGUCAGCCUGAUGAUGGUGGAGAAGGUUCCCGACUCGACAUACGAGAUGGUGGGCGGUCUCGAUAAGCAGAUCAAAGAGAUCAAGGAGGUGAUCGAGUUGCCCGUCAAACAUCCCGAGCUCUUCGACGCCCUCGGCAUCGCACAACCAAAGGGUGUGUUGUUGUACGGUCCUCCCGGCACUGGCAAGACGCUGCUGGCACGGGCGGUGGCCCACCACACGGAGUGUACGUUCAUACGCGUGUCAGGCUCCGAGCUUGUCCAGAAGUUCAUUGGAGAGGGGUCCAGGAUGGUCCGAGAGUUGUUUGUCAUGGCAAGAGAACACGCCCCUUCUAUAAUAUUCAUGGAUGAGAUCGACUCUAUAGGUUCUUCAAGAUUAGAGGGAGGCUCGGGAGGAGACAGUGAAGUACAGAGAACUAUGUUAGAACUUUUAAAUCAACUUGAUGGAUUUGAACCUAAACAAAACAUCAAGGUUAUUAUGGCCACCAAUAGAAUUGAUAUUCUUGAUUCUGCUUUACUCCGUCCCGGAAGGAUUGACAGGAAAAUUGAAUUUCCACCACCAAAUGAAGAGGCUCGACUUGACAUCUUGAAAAUCCACUCGAGAAAGAUGAAUUUAACACGAGGCAUCAAUCUGAGGAAAAUAGCGGAAAUGAUGCCCGGCGCAUCAGGAGCUGAAAUGAAGGGUGUUUGCACGGAAGCUGGGAUGUAUGCUUUGAGAGAGAGACGAGUUCAUGUAACUCAAGAAGAUUUCGAAUUAGCUGUUGCCAAGAUUAUGUUGAAGGAUGCAGAAAAGAACAUUUCAAUCAAGAAGCAAUGGAAGUAGAUGAUCUCAGCUAAUUACAAGAGACAUUUGUUGUGACUGAAUAUUGAUAUCACAAACAAUUCAUUCCUUGUUACACAAUAUAUUUACAGUUACUGCCAACAGUAAAUAUUAACCUGUACAGAUACAUUACCUGCAAGUCUUCAAAGUAAAAAUAAAAUGUUGUUAUUUUAAAAGUAAAUAACGUAAGGAGAAUUCCAUGAAAAAAGAGAACGGAGAGAGGAAGGAAAGAGGUAGUAAAUUUUUGAUAAUGCUUUGUGGGUGUUUACAGAAUUUUCUUUAUACAUGGUCUCCAUGACAUUCAACUAUAAUUUGUGGGUGGUUACAAACCUCCAUAAUUAUAAUUGAGUUUUUUGCCAUUUUGUGAGAUUAAGUACAUUUUGAUGGAGGGAAUUUCCAAAAUGAGUGUUAAAAACACAUUUUAAAACGGUAUAUUAAUUUGAAUAAGUAAUCUCAGAAUGUUUUAAACAUGAUGUGGACAGCAAGUAUGUUGAACGUUAAAUGAUCUGUACAGAAAUGGUCGUCAGAAGGAUGUGCUCGGGCACAACUCAGAAAAUUGUUCACUCGGUUUGUGUAAUUCAUACAAUCUGUGUACAAUAUACAAAUCUACUUGACAUCUGGCUUGGGUGCUUAUUAAGUGUGAGUUUAGUAAUUUUCACAAAUGUAUUGUUUCACAAGUGUAUUAUUUCACUGUGAAUUGUGACUUUGUUCAUCUUGGCAUUCAUUUGUACUUCGUGUAUGUUUGAAGAAUGGGCAUAUUAAAGUAUGCAUUUAUU